CAAGCCUGGACAAAAAGGACCUGAGACAAGAGAAGAGUGGUUUCAGUGGAAUAUGGGAACAGGCUAUCGUCACUAAAGUCCGUUUUCAACAAGUUCAGAAGAAGAAGAUCCUGAUCUUCAAGUGUUGAGAUGCUGUGUACAAGACUAAACACAGAAGUUGUCAUAAAAGCAGAGACAUUGACCUGGAAACAUUGAAAACAAGAGAAAAAAUAUAAUUUUCUUAACCCUGCAACAAGAGACAGUGGCUGGUCAUAGACUCUCACAUUUAUCCACUCUGCCCAUCCCAUUUAUGUCGGACUCUGAGCUGCUGCCCUCAGCAUCCCCCUCUCCACCCCCGUUUCACCAGUGCGACUACAGAGAAUGGAGACCCACAUGGGUAAUCAUACCCUCAGUCUAUCUCCUGGUAUUUGUUUUGGGCUCCCUGGGAAAUGGGCUUGUCCUCUGGUCAUACCUGGAUCGACCUGAGGGUAAAUCAGCCGGCGUGGGGACCUGCACCCAUCGGCGUCUUCAGCAAUCUGGAAGGAUUUCUACCCCCAAGUUGCCUGACUCCUCUCGUUCCCUUACUGACUCACUCAUUGCCAGCCUGGCAGCAGCAGACCUGGCUUUUGUGCUAACCCUGCCCUUAUGGGCAGCCCACACAGCACUAGACUACCACUGGCCCUUUGGCAAGCCUCUUUGCCAAGUCAGCAGCUAUUUAGUGGCCCUCAACAUGUAUGCCAGUGUGUUCUCCCUCACGGUCCUGAGCAUGGAGCGUUACUGGGUUAUUGCUGGCCGACGGCGGUCCAGUAGGGCCCAGGGGAGUGGAGUCUGCCGAGCUGCUUGGGUAGUGGGGAGCGUUUGGGUGGUGGCAGGUAUCCUUGCUCUUCCUGCGCUGCUACUGAGGACUGUAAGGGAGGUGGAUGUAGGGGGUCAGUAUGAAGAAGACUGGCAGACAGCUGAGGAAGAGGAACACUCAGAUCAUGAUCACAUGCCCAUGUUCAUAUCUUCCUGUAUGAUGGACUACUCUGGUCUGAUCUCAGCAGAGCUGGAGGAAGAUGACAGGGAGCAGGCAGAGCUACUGUGGACAGCGGCUCUAGGACUUAAAUCCACCUUGGUUGGCUUUCUGUUGCCUCUGAUCAUCUUAUUGAUAUGCUACUGCUCCCUAGGCCGCCUCCUCAGCCGCCAUUUUGGACAGGGUCCUCGCCCCGACCGCCAACGCCAACGCCGCCUUUUGCGAGUUAUCAUCACCUUAGUGCUAGCCUUCUUCCUCUGCUGGCUUCCCUUUCAUGCCAACAAAACACUUUCCAUGCUCGUGGAUUUAGAGCUGCUGCCCUACUCCUGCCCAUUUGACCGGACUCUGGUUGCAGCUCACCCCUAUGCUACCUGUCUAGGGUAUGUCAAUAGUUGCCUCAACCCCCUUCUAUAUGCUUGUUGUGAUGUGGCCUUUCGGAAGCGCUGCCGGGCCUUACUGCAGUGGUUCUGGUGCAGGGGUAGGUGUGGGAGUCCAAUGACAGUAGAUGAUGACAAUAGGGAACAGGCCAGCCGGAGUUCUGCAAUUCCUUCUGGAACACGCAAGGAAACAGGAGAUGGAAUUGAGGGGAAGGAUGACGUGAGGCAUGGCAGAGACUGAGAGGGUAGGAGUGCUGUGGAACCUCAGUCGGAAGAGGAUACCAAUAAACAAAGACGGAUAUCCUGGGAAAUGUGCAACCCUUACUGUAUUCACAUAACCCCUCAGGAGAUACAUAAACUCAAUAAAUUCCACUGGGAAUGUGUUUGAUUGAAAAACGGUCAUUUCUUCCAAGGAGAUAGAAAGGAGACCUUCUAGAAAGACACUGGCAAUAAAAAAAAUGUAUAUUUUGUGCUACCAAGCCAAAAGAUGGGUUUUCUGUAUAUAUUUUUUGAUAUACAGUACCAGUCAAAAGUUUGGACAAACUUGUGUCCAAACUUUUGACUGGUACUAUAGCUGCAUAACAAUAAGUAUGAAAUACACAUUACAUUUGAAUACUAAGAAUUGUGAAUGUAGUAUCCCUUUUUUUCUAAGUGUAG